AUGAGCAUCAUGAACGCUUCGUCAAACGAUAUUUUCGAACGUAUCGCUGCGGAAGCUUCCAGAUUGGCACAUUACAACAAACGUGCCACGAUAACUAGCAGAGAAUUCAGACAGCCCGUACGACUAUUGCUACACGGAGAAUUGGCCAAGCACGCAGUCAGCGAAGGUACCAAAGCCGUCACCAAGUACACCAGUUCAAAAAUAAUAUAG